AUGAGCGCCUGGCUCCAUCCCGUCGAGUGUCUCAUCAACACCGCCCGCGACGAGCCCGAUGCCCUUCUGAUCAACACUUACGAGAACGGUGCCUCGGAGCGACUCAGCUAUCUCCAGGUGUGGAAGCAAGCCUAUUCCAUCGCCCAGGCCCUCAAGGCUCUCCCUGGCUGGAACGACGACGGCCACGAGGUCAUCGGCACCUUCUGUGAGGCCGAAUCCAGCUGGGCGAUCGACUCGCUCGCCGUGUGGAUUCUUGGCAAGAAAACACUCAACCUUGCUCUCAACCUGCCACCUGCAGCCCGCAGGGCCCUGUGCGAGAGACAUGCGAUCAAGUACAUCCUCCACCAUCGUACCAAGCCCGGCCGCACCGAAGGCGUGACUCUGAUCGAUGCCGCCACCUUCCCCAUGCUUGAAAGCGUUCCGCCCCCGUCCCUCGAAGUCUGUGAGCCUCUGAAAGAGUUCGUUGCUGUUGCCUGCACUUCCGGGACGACAGGCGUCCCCAAGUCAUACGACUAUUCUCACAAGAGCGCCAUGGCUUUGAAAAAAUCGGCCGGUGCCCCAUACUUGGCCAUCGGAGUUUGCCAGUUACCAUCUUUUGUGGCGACCAUCAAUGGCUUGGCAAGCGUUGUGAACAUCAAAGGAUCGCUCUGGAUACCCGAGCCUUCCCCCAAUAUAGUUGAGAGAGUCAAGAGCAUGAUCACAAUGCUGGAUGAUGGCGUAUCGUACCUUUUCCUGACCCCCUCAUUCAUCAAGAUGAUCAUCAGCACGGCCCUGGCAUUGAAUCCCAAUGUCAAGUGGGAGAAAACGAGAAUCAUUGCUUUGGGUUCCGAGCUCGUGCCUCCGAGCAUUAUUCAAAGUACAAGACAGGUCUUCCCGAACGCCGAGAUCCUGUCCAUUUAUGCUUCCAGCGAGUCGCUCGUCCUUGGUGCAAUUUUGCUCUUUCGCCUUGCGUCAGACACAAGGGCAAUUCCUGAGAAAGUUGUCUACGGGCUCAUAAAGCCUGAUGUGCGCUGUAUCCUCUUUGACGAAGAGGGCAACAUUGUCGACCAGAAGGUCUCCAAGAGCGGCGUGCUUGGCUUUGCCGUCGACAAGGACCAUCCCAUCAAGGAUCACCCGAGCUUUGUCAGUGCAAAUCCGAAUGACAAGCUCGCCUCGUUCGGCUUCCUCGAGGAUGGCUCGCCCCGUGUCUGCACCAUGGACUGGGUCGAGAUGGUUGGCGAGAAAGAGUUCACUGUGGUUGGAAGAUUCGACCAGAAGAUCAAGGUCAACGGUGUCUAUGUCGACCUCAACGCCCUCGAGGAGCUGGCCAACGAAAACAUGUCCAAGGUCAUCUCGGACUGUGCCUUCAUCCAGACCUCCGAGAAGAAGAUCGUGAUGCUCUUUGUCCGCAGAAGGGGCUCUCAGGUCAACCCCACUCCUGCCGAGCUUCUGCAGCUGACCGAGGACAUGUUUGCGCUGACGAACGUCGCCAAGUUUCCGAUCCACAACUGCUUCGAGCUCGACGAGUUCCCCUUCAACGACUCGGGCAAGCGCGACCUCAAGAAGCUCAGGCGCAUCGCCGAGAAUGUCGAUCAGUUCGGCAAGUCGGUCGAGUACCCUCCCCUAAAACUCACCAAUACUCCCCUGUCCCGCGCUGCCGCCAAGAUAUCUCAGAUCGGCAGCCAGAUCAUCGACAACCCCGCCCUCGACGGCCGCAACUACUAUAUCGGCGGUGUCGGCUUUGACUCGCUGAGUGUCGUCCGUCUGGCCCUCUCCAUCAAGGACGAGCUGGAUGUCGAGAUCUCGCCACUGAUCUUGCUGUCGAACGGAAUGACGCCGCUCGAUGUCGCCCAGCUGGUUGUCGACAUCCUCGACGACAAACCGAUGAUUCCCCCGACCGUCCAUCUGGCUGCUGAGGCCGCCAAGCUCGACGAUGCGAGUGUGACGGCCGAGGGUCUCCCUCCGUUUGUCUAUCCCAAGGACCCUCGCGGCAUCGUCCUGACCGGUGCCACUGGCUUCCUCGGUGCCUUCCUGGUCUUUGAGCUGGCCCACAAGUUCCCUCGGGCCAAGAUCUACUGCCUGGUCCGAGCCAAGGACGAGCAGGAGGCUGUCGAGCGCAUCAUCAGCACGGCUCAGAAGCUGGUCCUCGAUCCGAGCCAGAGAGCCUUCCUUGACCACAACCUCAAGUCUCGACUCGUUGGACUGUGCGGCAACCUGUCGAAGAACAAGUGGGGACUCUCGGACGAGCGAUGGAAGGAGAUCAGCGAGGAGACCGACAUGAUUGUCCACAACGGCGCCGAGGUCCACUGGCUGUUUGACUAUGACAGACUCAGGGGACCCAACGUCCUCGGCACGACGACGGCCCUGAGACUGGCCACAACCCACCACCUGAAGCCGCUGCACUACAUCUCGACCAUCGGCACGAUCCCGAUGGCCAAGAAGGCAGACAAGCCGCUCGAGGAGAAGAUCUACUCGGCCUGGAACAUCUCUGGCGGCUAUUCGCAGACCAAGUGGGUCUCUGAGCAGCUGGUCAACAAGGCACGAUCCAGGGGAGUGCCGGUGACCAUCAUUCGCCCAGCUGGCAUCGUCGGCGACAGCCAGUACGGAGUGUCCAACUCUGAUGACUACAUCUGGCGAUAUGUCAAGGGAUGCAUCCAACUUGGUGUUGCUCCGUCGUAUGCCACUCCCGUCACCCUGACCAUGGAUCCCGUCGACCACGUCGCCAAGGUGGUUGCCGAGAUUGCCGGCUCUGAGGAGUCCCUGUCCAAGUUUGUGUUCCACAUCAGCGACUCGGAGCACAGUGUCCUCUCCGAGACCAAGCUGUUCGAGAUCAUCAAAGACCAUGGAUGGCCGAUCCUGUUCGAGACCCGCGAGCAGUUCAAAGAGACAUUCCACUCCCAUCCCGCCGUCGAGAGCAACGCCCUGUUCCCGCUCAUGCAUGUGAUGAUGGACAUGUCCUUCAAGAUCGACAACGCCAACACCCGCUCGAUCUACCCGACUCCCUGUCCCUCGCUGGGGGAGGUUGUCGAGAAGUGUCUCAAGUAUCUGCACCACGUUCGCUUCUUGGGCGAUCCCCUGGACCCGUCUUCGCCCUUCAAGAUCAAGUAUCCCGAGACCAGCGCGGUCACCCGCACCGGCCGCAACUGA